AUGCCACGUGAGAUUAUCUCUCUACCCCAACCUAGUCCCCGCAAGCUACGAAGUCGUGUGGUGCCGAAGAAAAGGACACCUAGUGAUCAGGACAGCACAUCAUUAAUACCGGCAACGAGCAGCGGCCCUGGUCCGAUUCACAAUGCCUUGCAAAAUGUAGGUGUCAAUGUCGGCGCUAACACACAACGCGACCGGUUGCUUGCGAUGCUUUCUCGACAUCUGAUCCGGAAGAAGCCUCGAAUGUCUGCUGGCAUUGUUCCCGAUAUCACUCCGAAGUUUAGUGGUGGGAAACCCCCAAAGCGAGAUACACUUGACUGUAACCCACUGGACGAGGGCCGAUUUCACACACCGCGGAAUGAUGUGAAUGAGUUAAACGCCGAUGGAUCCUUUUCUCAAUUUGGCGACCACGACCUUGUGAAAAUGAUCAGGGGAGUGGGAAUAGAUGCCGAAGGUUGGGAUCGAGAGAAGCUCAUCACCACGUGUCAAGAGUACAACGAGCUGAUCGUCAUCCCCGACAAUCUGAAAAAAUUCUUUGAGCUGAAUGGAGUAGUCAAACAACGCGAACUGGACCCAGUAUCAAAUGUAUUGACUCCUCAAGAACUAUCCAAAACCGUAUUUCCAUCAACACAGCCGAUAGUCCCAUUCGCUGGUCCGUCCGACCCAAGGUCGUGGCAUAUUUAG